UGCAGCAUGAAACCAUUGCUGACAUGCCUGAUGUGAGCCUGAAGCAUCAGGAGGAGCUUCAUUUCACAUCAGACAGGCACAGAGCUUCCCCCGGAUCCUCUGCGAGUCUGUCUCUCUAAACCGUUGACCUUACAAAUGAGGCACACUGCAUCAUUGUGCGAAUUGGUGUUUCUGGGCGGUGCAAAGUGGAGUAGAGCACAUCAGAGUGCAGGAUAUCAGAGCAGAGCAGAGCAAAGAGAGGCAGGCACAUCCGCCGCUGCAGGGAUCAAAUCUGUACCAUCUGACGCUCAAGGAUUUAUGGGUUUAGUCAAAAUUGCUUUUCCCACUGUGGAGAUUAAGCACCGUAGGAUGUUUUCCACCCAGGCCGUAGAAUAGUGUAGCUGCUGCUGCUGCUGUUGCUGUUGCUGUUUUUCUUCUCUCUUACCGGCUCCAGAGCUGCGGAGGGGAAUGUCUCAGGACGGCAGAGUGCUCCAAACCCUUGAGGGGAGACGAUUCUGACUGACAGGAGAGGUCCGUCCUCUGGGGAAUGUGAACCAUGCAGGUGGAUACAGUACUUGUGCUUUUCUGCGUUUGGCUCGUUGGUGCAGCAGGGAAGAAGGUCCAGCAGAGGGGUCACAAGCUGGAGACCUACAAACAGAGCAGGUUGCGAAGAGAAACCAACAUGGAUGGAGGUGGAGGUCAGAAACCUGGAGGUCCAAUUUACAAACGUAGUCCAGACAUGACAAAAUCUCCAAUGACAAAGUCUGAGCAACUCCUGAGAAUAGACGACCAUGAUUUUACCAUGAGGCCAGCAUUUGGAGGUCCUCCAAUUCCUGUUGGUGUCGAUGUUCAGGUUGAAAGUCUGGACACCAUCUCUGAGGUGGAUAUGGACUUUACCAUGACACUAUACCUGCGUCACUACUGGAAGGACGAGCGGCUGUCGUUCCCGAGCACCAACAACCAGAGCAUGACCUUUGAUAGUCGCCUGGUGAAGAAGAUUUGGGUUCCUGACAUGUUCUUCGUCCACUCCAAGCGCUCUUUUAUCCACGACACCACAACUGAUAAUGUCAUGCUGAGGGUUUACCCUGACGGAAACGUGCUCUAUAGUCUCCGAGUGACCGUCACCGCCAUGUGCAACAUGGACCUUAGUCGCUUCCCUCUGGACACCCAAACCUGCUCCCUGGAGAUUGAGAGCUAUGCAUACACAGAUGACGACCUGAUGUUGUACUGGAAGAAAGGCAACGAAUCCCUCAACACCGAUGACAGAAUAUCGCUGUCCCAGUUUCUCAUCCAGAAAUUUCACACCACCACCAAGCUGGCGUUCUACAGCAGCACAGGCUGGUACAAUCGUUUGUACAUCCACUUCACCCUGCGGCGCCACAUUUUCUUCUUCCUGCUGCAGACCUACUUUCCUGCGACUCUGAUGGUCAUGCUGUCCUGGGUGUCCUUCUGGAUCGACCGCAGGGCCGUCCCUGCCAGGGUGCCACUAGGCAUCACCACAGUGCUGACCAUGUCCACCAUCAUCACCGGAGUCAACGCCUCCAUGCCACGAGUCUCCUACAUCAAGGCAGUAGACAUUUACCUCUGGGUCAGUUUUGUAUUUGUCUUUCUGUCGGUGAUAGAGUACGCGGCAGUCAACUACCUCUCCACGGUGCAGGAGAGGAAGGAAAGGAAGCUAAGGGAGAGACUGCCAUGCACUUGUGGCAUUGGCAACCCAGAUGACAUGAUGAUCGACCCCCAGAUCACUGGUUACGGGACAAUGGAUAUGAACACAACAGGGAAUUAUGGGAUGCCCGAGAACGGCGGGCGCCAGGAGCCAAGAAUGUUGGCCCAAGUGGCACUUAACGACCCGCAGAUCACCGGUCAGGUGAAGCCAUCCAGAGGCUACGUGAACAUUUGGAUAGACACCCAUGCCAUAGACAAGUACUCAAGGUGGAUGUUUCCUGGAGCGUACAUCCUCUUUAACAUCAUCUAUUGGUCCAUCUACCUUUAACGCAGGAUGCAGUACCUCGGUGAGAGCCGUCCAUGAUGUGACUCAAAGAUCCUGCGUUAGAGCAGAAAACAAACAAACAUUGCAUUUGAUGCUUUUCAUACAGUGACUGCUCAUAAGAUGCAAGGGGACCAUUAACAGAUUGGUGACCAUUGCCUUCUUUUUGACCCAGCCAUUUAAAACUGAAGAGUUGAAAAAUGAGCCAUGUACAGGACGGACAUCUUGGCUCAUUUUGUCACUCUCUGGUCUGUGUGGCGUCAUACUGUAACUACUGGCUGUUGCUGGAAAGACGUUUGGAUGUUGUCGACUGAGGACAACUGCACAGACAGAUGCUUUUACACGGCCCUUUGUAUUUGUGCAGGUUUGGCAACAUUUCAGUUCUACUCCUACUGACCACGUUUUGAGAACUGAUAAAUGUAUGAAAAUAGAUUUCUGACACUUCAAGUCCCUCUUUGACAAUCAGAAGCCAACUUAAAAAGUAUUUAGUAGCUCAGGCUAUUUGUUUACUGGUGGAAUUUUUGAGGAGAUGAUUGGUAUAAUUGUCAUAUUUGUCUGAUGUAUUCAAAGGCAAAAGCAAAGCUAGCCUAGCUUAGCACAACACUGUAAGUGGGGGAAACAGUUAGCCUGGCUCACCAACAAAACUUUCAAAAAACCUUUCUUCAGACACGAGCCUUUCAGUUCUUUCCUCCUGUUUACCGUCAUGGUGCUAAACUAGGCUGUUAGCCCAGUAGCUCUGGCUUCAUAUUUAGCCUUCUACACUUCAAAAAGUGUUUUAAUCUUCACAUCUCACACACGAUAAGAAAUCCAAAAGUGAUUUAAAAAAAAAUGUGGAACUUUUUUCCCUUAACAACUCAAUAGUCAGAUUAUUUGUCUUCUUGAAUGAUUAUUUUGUUUUUGCAGCACGUUAAACUAUGAUUCAAUAUAUGUUUCAUUGUAUUGUGAUCUUUGUAACAAUGAAAUGAUUGUGCUGUCAAACUACUUCCUUUAUUGCAAGUUUAAUUUGUUAUAAAGCUAAAAAAAAAAAAUGCAGUCAAUUAAAAUCACACAAAAUGAAAAAAAAAACAUGCUUGAUGAGUCCCAAACACUGAUGAUGGUAUUGCUUUUUCUUAAUGUCCUUUCUUUCUUUUUUUGUAAUGCAGCUGAAGCUCAUCUCCACUGUUUGGUGUUUCGAUGCUUUGAGGUUCACUGUGAGCUGUUAGUUGCUAGUUUUAUCAUCUUUUUCAGCUUCAGACUAUUUUAUACUUUUAUGGGCUAAAGAUAUGUUGAAAAUACAUCUUGUUGGUUUUUGACAAUUUAAUGAACAAACAGAGCGAUAUGGAAUGAAACUCUUGAAAAUGUGGAAUAAAAGUUUUUGUUUUCUGCAAAUAUGAAAGUUAUUGUAACUGAGCUGAGGUGCUGAGCAACACAUUCACAUUACUGUUCAUCUGAAGUCUUCUUAAUGUAAUAAAUCUUGCUUGAAAAAAUGGAAAUAAUGAAAUAACACGUUGUUUACAAUCAA